AUGCGAUCUUCUUCGGGCCUCAAUCUCUCGUCUGAGCCAGCCAUCAUCCGCGCAAAAGCUGAGCAAGUCCAAGCCGCUCUCAACGACACGACAGGAGCAGCACGCAGCGAGAUCAUCUGGACUAGCCAUGCGACAUGGCCCCACAUAGAUGCGGUUGAGGCUCAAGAGCUAAUUGUCCUCGACAGCUCCUUCAACCCGCCGCAUCGUGCCCAUCUCGCCAUGCUGCGAGAGGCAAGGACGCGAGCGACCAAGGCAACGGCCUACCUUGUCCUCGUAUCCACCAAGAAUGCAGACAAGAAGCCUCAACCUGGAGAUCCUACGCUCAAGCAGAAGCUAGAGAUGAUGAUCAGGCUCUGUCACGCCUUUGGUGAUCGGGAUCCUAUCGCGGUCGGCUGCCUGGCUGCACCCACAUUUGCAGAGAAAGCAGGCCUGAUCGACCAAUGCCUCGAGAGACUACAUUCGGCAAGGCUGAGACCAAGACAGAUAUACUUACUGGGCUUUGACACUCUAGCGCGCUUCUUCGCCUUGCGGUACUAUGACGAAUCUGUUGAUGAGAUAGGCAAAGCCAUGCAAGCAUACUUUGAUCUGCUGGGCGCAAGGAUCAUCUGCGCACGGCGAGGGAACAGCGAGCCUGAUCAGGAAGAACGCGACUUGCUCAGCAAGCACUAUGUCAAGCGAUGGACGGAGAAGCCAGAUCAACCUGUCGCCAUCAUCAACUUUUCAGAUAGAAGCGUUGUGGGCAUCAGCUCGACAGAGAUCCGCAAAGCUGUCAAGGACAAGCAGAGCCGCAGUCAUCUCAGUACAAUGCUGACCGAAGAAGUCUUUGAUUACAUUCUGGCCGAAGGACUCUAUCGCACUUGA